AUGACGUUUUCAGCAGAUUUUAGCAGUUUGUGGGACUGGGCCGCCAUUUUUGAUGACGUAUCACACACUUUGCUGCAUCGGAUUGACCCGUGUUUGAAGUAAAGUACAUUGAAAAUCGGUGCAGUGUAUGAGUUUAACCUGCGUGUGAGACAUGGCGUCUAGUCGUCUAGGCCUCCUGCGUCCGUUGCUCUGCUACAUCAGAAGCCCCGUUGUAAGCAGUGCACGAGUGCCUUCUCUCACUCAACAUCUCUGCCCCCAUGUUGUCGUCUCUCCACCUUGUUACGCCCGCCAUUACGCUACGAAGAAAAGUAAAGCAAAAGUGAAGAGCCAGACGGCUAAAGUGAGCAUCAACGCCGCCCUGGUGGAGGACAUCAUCAGCCUGGACGAGGUGAAGGAAGACAUGGCUGCCGUGCUGGCCACGCUGAAGGACGACUUCAGCCGCAACCUGGGCAUCAGAACCUCUCCAGGUGCGCUGGACCACAUCACAGUCAGCACCAAGGACGGUAAAUUCCCUCUGAACCAGCUCGGACAGAUCUCCAUGAAAUCUCCACAGCUCAUCAUCAUCAACAUGGCCAGCUACCCCGAGGCCACAGCAGCAGCCACCCGUGCAUUACAGGAGAGCAGCAUGAAGCUGAACCCAGAGGUGGAGGGCACCAUCAUCAGAGUCCCCGUUCCCAAGGUGACCCGGGAGCACAGGGAGAACCUAGUUAAGCUGGCGAAGCAGUUCAGCAACAAGGCCAAGGAGUCGGUGAGGAGGGUUCGCUCCAACGCCCUGGCGCAGGUGAAGAAGAGUAAAGAGGGCGUGUCCGAGGACACCAUCCGCCUGAUAGAAAAGCAGGUCCAGCAAAUGGCGGACGGUUUCGCAGCAGACAUCGACAAACAGCUCGCCUCUAAAACCAAAGAGCUCCUCGGCUGACACGGACUUUUUUAAUGAAGCUUUCCAAAGUACUCUACGACGUGAUUUAUUUUGGGUGUCGUGAGUCAAGUCGGAAGCCGGACAUCCCAAAAAUAAGCGGACCUUUUUCUUCUAACUAAAUACCCCGUAACCAGCGUGGUGAUGAAACCGGACUGUAGAAGGCAGCGUUUGGGCGUUUGUUGUUUGUGUGUUUUUAUCGCGCAUAAAUAAACGUCGCCAUGGCACGGCAGCGGCUGUUGGCGGCCACGCCCAUCCUCACAUCCUCACAUCCUCAAACAAACAGCCAGGAGGACAGAUGAAGUUUUAAUGUGAUUCGGGGGUUCCUCCCUGCUAAUCAGAGCGAUGCCACACGGCUGCGUUUAUGGAAGAAAGUGCAGAAGCAAAUAUAAACUCGUCAGUCUUUACAGGACGGAGCUCAUAAUAAGCCGUUUGUUUCCCGUUUGUAGUCGCUGCUUUCUGUUUGUGAGAAUAAAAUACGAAGCAUUUUUUGGGA